AAAAUAUAUACUUUAUUUGAGAAAUUAUUAGAAACUUCACUUCCCAGAAUGCACUUAGACGGCUCCGUCACCCUCUUCAUCAAAUCCGCAAUCUCAUUCACUCACAAUCCAUGUCGAGGACAACAACUCUACCUCUGUCUCUAUCAGCCGUGGUUCCGAAUAAUUCAUCUUCAAAGUAUAAUUUCAGCACCAUGACCAGAGAUCAAUGUCAGCGAUAUUCACGAGAUGCAUGCAACUUUUUGCUGCUGCACUAUAACUGUAGGCAGCUGUAACUAUUUAAAUAUUAUAUGAUUUGUCCAAUUUCUUUAUCUUUUGGACUUAUGAUUAGAAUUAAGUAGACAAGUAGCUGUUGAACAGCUAUUCUGAGCAAUCAUGUUUGUAAGUCUAGUCAUCGUUUACCUUUUUGUCAUGUCUAAUAUGCUGUGAAGUUUUAAUUAAAUCGAAGUACUUCUUAGCUAUCUUUUCUUUGACUCCAAGUAGUCAAUAUGACAUCAUCAUAUAAUGAUGAGACGAGGAGUGAUAUAUCCGAGUCUCUGGAGGUCUGUGAAUUCCAGGGACAAUAUGGAGAUCCAGAUGGUUGCUUCAAAUCCAAAAGCUUGCCUGUUCUUAACGGCGACUGUCCGACCAUUAAUGAGACAAUAGAUCCGAGGUUGGUCAGUACAACUCAGACUUUAGUAAACACCGACCAGUGCUUGGUGUUCAACGAGCUGCGUCAGAAAGGAGACUCGAGUGAACUGGAUUCACCCACCAGAACUGAUUUCUCCCCUUCUGCCUCCAGUAUGGUGGGUCUCAGCAGCUCAAUGAGAACUGAAGCCAACCGAGCAGGUGGCAAAAAACUAGGCUUUUCAUUGGCAAGAUUCAUCCACCUCCCUGUGAGGAAGUACUUGAGGGUGAUUCUCUCCGACUCUAGGUGUUUUCUGUUCUGCAUGUGCUACCUGACGUUCAUUCAGUCGUUGAUGGUCUCUGGUUACCUCAGUAGUGUCAUCACCACUAUCGAGAAGAGAUACAGCCUUAGAAGCUCUGAAUCGGGACUGCUGGUCAGCUGCUUUGACAUUGGAAGUCUGCUGGUGGUGGUCUUCAUCAGUUAUUUUGGAGGUCGAGGUCAAAGGCCUCGCUGGUUGGCGGUAGGAGGAGUGUUUAUCGCGGUGGGAGCUGCUCUUUUCUCCCUUCCGCACUUCAUCUCUCCACCUUAUCAAAUCCAAGAGGUCAACUCAUCCAUGGGGAAUGAGGGCCUGUGUUUGAAUGGGAACAGGAGCAGAGAUGCUCUGGGUGUGUCAUCCUGUCCAAGGGACCAAGAAGGCAAUGAUCACUCUAUAUAUGUGGCCCUGUUCGUCUGCGCCCAGGUCCUGGUGGGCAUGGGAUCAACUCCUAUCUACACGCUGGGACCAACAUACCUGGAUGAUAAUGUGAAGAAGGAGAAUGCAUCCCUCUAUCUUGCUAUUAUGUAUGUGAUGGGGGCUCUGGGGCCGGCUGCGGGGUACCUGCUUGGAGGCGUUCUCAUCGGCUUCUAUGUGGAUCCCAAAACCAUCGUCAACAUUGACCAAAGUGAUCCACGCUUUGUUGGCAACUGGUGGAGUGGUUUCCUUCUGUGUGCAUUCGCCAUGCUGUUGGUCAUCUUUCCCAUGUUCACAUUCCCCAAAAAACUGCCUCCUCGUCACAAGAAGAAGAAGAAAAAGCAUGCGGCAGACAGUGCAUCCAAUGAUGAGGAUGAUGAUGUCCUGAAAGAGAAAUCCAACAGCAAAGGCCAGACUGUGGCUUCCUCCAUGGGCUUUGGGAAGGACAUCAAAGAUCUCCCCAAGGCUGCAAUAAGAAUCCUCAGCAACAUGACCUUCCUGUUCGUGAGUCUGUCCUACACUGCCGAGAGCGCCAUUGUCACUGCCUUUAUCACCUUCAUCCCCAAAUUCAUCGAGUCGCAGUUUGGAAUCCCUGCCUCCAAUGCCAGCAUAUACACAGGGGUCAUAAUUGUGCCCAGUGCAGGAGUGGGCAUUGUUCUGGGGGGCUACAUCAUCAAGAAGCUGAAGCUUGGAGCUCGUGAGUCUGCCAAGCUGGCGAUGAUCUGCAGUGGUGUUUCUCUGCUCUGCUUCUCCACGCUCUUCAUCGUGGGCUGUGAAAGCAUCAACCUGGGCGGCAUCAAUAUCCCCUACACCACUGGGCCGACGCUCACUCUGACCCACAGAAACCUGACAGGAGGCUGUAAUGUGAAUUGUGGCUGCCGGAUCAACGAGUACGCUCCGGUUUGUGGCUCAGAUGGCAUCACAUAUUUCAACCCCUGCCUGGCGGGAUGCAGUACAGUUGGCAAUGACAGCACCGGGAUCAGAAACUACACAGACUGUGCGUGCGUUCAGAGCAGACAGGUGAUCACUCCUCCCACCAGUGGUCAGGGUAAUCAGCUGCAGCUGGUCAUAGUGAAGACGUACCUGAAUGAGAAUGGAUUCGCUGUGUCAGGGAAGUGUGACAGAACCUGUAACACGCUCAUCCCCUUCCUCAUCUUCCUCUUCAUUGUGACGCUCAUCACUGCUUGUGCACAGCCCUCUGCCAUCAUCGUCACGCUCCGGUCUGUGGACGAGCAGGAAAGACCGUUUGCUUUAGGAAUGCAGUUUGUCCUGCUAAGAACUCUGGCCUAUAUUCCCACACCCAUCUACUUUGGAGCAGUGAUUGACACCACCUGCAUGCUGUGGCAGCAGGACUGCGGCAUUCACGGCUCCUGCUGGGAGUACGAUGUCACUUCCUUCCGCUUUGUGUACUUCGGCCUGGCUGCCAGCCUCAAGUUUGUGGGCUUCAUCUUCAUCUUCCUCACCUGGUACUCCAUUAAAUACAAAGAGGAUCGUCUGAAGCGCUGGCAGCAGCAUCUGCCACCACUGGGCACCGUCAGCGAGCUCAUCUGCCAUGCAGGAGGCCACAAAAGCCAUGCUCGCACUCGUUCCUGCCCAAUCUUCACACCGCGUCCUGAACCUCCAGAACAGCCCCCUCUGAACCGUGGACACUGCAGCCAAAGCUGCCCAGGAAAUGCCCUGAAAGCAAUAACCCCAUCUGCCCGCUCGCUGCAGGAAAUGCAUUGUCACAUUUGAGGACUCACACCUAAACAUCUGCCUCCUUGUGCCUUCCUGUCGGGCAUCCUCCUCUACAAGAUAGGGCAGAAGUAUGCCCGUUUUUCCUAAUGCGCAGCUUUCAGGAGCUUGCUGCGCUCACCGAUCUCAAUGUCUUCAGUACAAACUCACAGCACGUACAGAUGAUAGAGAGUAUGUGCUGUUGAUGAGUAUGGAAGACGUCUCAUGGUGCUAAAUGGAGAAGGGAGGACUGUAGCUCUCUGUAUUCAGUCUUGGAUUCCAAGAUGAUUAUAUCAAAGACGUACAACAAGCACAAAUGGAAAUCAGUACUCUAUGCAAUGCCGUACCGCAUUACAGCAGUCGCUUUCUACUGUAUUAUCAUUAAUCAUAGCAGUAUUCCCAACAGCAGAACAUCUCAUGGUCUUUCUGGAAAGACUUGAUAUCACAGUGCUAAAAACUGCUCCUGGUAAUUUGGGUGGUGUUUAAAGAGCUGCACUGGAACGUUCAAACAGAUCCAGUCAGUCAGUGUUGUAUGUGAAUUCAGGGCCUCAGACGGCACCAUCAGCAGUGUGACCCAUGGACUGCUUUAAUGCACUUAGAGGAUUUUAAAAUAGUGUCUUCUCAUUCUUCAUAAUCAUAAUGUCUGUUCAGUGAUUGACUAUGAAGAUGCUGAUGUGUUUUGAUGCACACAGUGGGAUCAGUUGUUAGCAUGAUUUAGAGAACAUGUUGUUCGGGGGUCCUGUAUCAGGGUUUAGAAACAAAACAAAAACAAAGUUAGACUUUUGUUCAGACCAAUCUGAUGAAUCUGAAUUCAAAUCCGUUUUGCCUUUUGUAAUAUGAACAACCAAAAACUUCUGUGUCGAGUGUCUCACAACACAUCCCCUGCAUAUAACUGAUGCCAUUGUAAGCAUUUAUACUUCUGCAUUCAGAGGGAUUUCUAUGUUCCACUGUGUUGAGUUUCUUUGCCAGUGUUUUGAAUUAACCCUGGAAUUGUGUGUGAUGGUACAGUAACAGUAGUUAAAAUUUACACUCAUUCAGGGAAGAAAUUGGCAGGUACCAGAAUAAACUUAAAAUACCUGUAAAUGUCUAUAGUGAGACAUGUUAAACCCCAGGUGUCAAACUCCUGGAGGGCCACAGCUCUGCACAGUUUAGUUCCAACCCUAAUGAAACACACCUUAUCAAACUCGUUGAGUUCUUCAGGCUUGAUUGAUACCUACAGAGGGGUAGCAUGGUGGGUCCUGGCUGGGUCAGUAGACAUUUCUGUAUGGAGUUUGCAUGUUCUCCCCAUGUUGGUGUGGGUUUCCUCCGGGUGCUCCAGUACCCCCUACAGUCCAAAGACAUGUGCUAUAGGUGAAUUAGAGGAACUAAAUUGGCCGUAGUGUAUGUGUGUGUGCACGUAAAUGUGAGAGUGUAUGGGUGUUUCCCAGUAGUGGGUUGCCGAUGGAAGGGCAUCUGCUAUGUAAAACAUUCAAGAAUAGUAGGCGGUUCAUUCCACUGUGGCGAACCCUCAUACAUAAGAGACUAAGCUGAAGGAAAAUGAAUUAAUGGUACCUACAGAUACGCGUGUUGAAGCAGGGCUGGAACUAAACUCUGCAGGGCUGUGGCCUUCCAGGAAUUGAGUGACACUCAAUUGUGUGUGUGUUAAAAGCUCAUUGAUUACUGCUAAACCAAGUUGGCCAAUCAGAAAUCUUGUGCUCUUCCUUGUCAAUGUGUAGGUGCUGGACGCUGGUUACGCCGGACCUACAAACUAUACGUGACGCAGAAGUAAAAAUUUCCUUUACAAACCCAUUCCAAACCACAUACACAUCUAGUGGCCCAUUCACGACUGGUAUUAAGAUGCAUUUUUGUCAAUCUGAUAUUAAGUGGCUGACGCUAAAUACAGGUGUAAAUGAAUUCUAAAACAUUAUCUUUGACCACAGCCGGAUGUAAAUGCAUAUAAUCAGAUUUAAUGCAUUUAAACCUGCAGUGUAAGCGCUCAUGUGUUUAAAUUCAUUCAAACUGCAACAAAAACCAACUACCCACUUAGUCUUGUAAUUAUGCUGACAUUAUUACUACUGCAAUUAACGUAAAUAUAUUUCACCAUUUAUCCAGUCACAAAAGUGUCAUUCCUAAAAGGUUUGAUUAAAAAAAAAUAAUAAAAAAAAUCAUGUAGUGUGAACAAAGCGAUUCCAAUUCAGAUUCAAAUGUGGAAGAUUCAGGAUUCAAUCAACUGCUGCGUUCAGCUUCAUGGGCAUGUUGGAGCAGCUUUAGCGAUAGCGUUCAUAAAGCCAUAGCAGAAUCAGGAUCAUGGAUUCUCAGCUUUAUGUAUACGAGCAUGUGCUCCAGCUACAGUCAAACCCUCAAGCACUGGCUCUAUUCUUAUGCACUAACUGUAUAGAAUGAAACUUUUACCUAAUAUUAUGCAAACCUCAGAUUUUCAGUACUCUGUGAAGCAUUUAUUAAAAACUAUUUGGUUGGCAAAUAAAGUUCAGUGGACAAA